AUGGCAUACCGAAAACCAGCCUUUCUUGUAAUACGUGUAAUUGUAAUCGUCUUGAGCGUAACUUACACUCAUGAAAAUGGCACAACUCCAGUAGAUUUGCUUACAACAACUAAAGAUCCCAAGAGUUCCCUAACUUCUGGCCCAGGUGUAAAUAAGGAAGGUACUUUACCAGCUGAUACGACCACCGGAGACUUGAAAGGUUUGUUAACCACAACGCCCUCUGAUACAUCUACCAAGAGCUUCAUAGACACGACGAGCACGAGACCUUCCAGUACAGACUCCACGUCUCCCAGUCCAGCGAAAGUGUCCUAUUUUCUAAACACAAGUUCCACAACGUUUAAAGCAUUCCAAACAAUAACUUUAAGCUGCCGGGCCCCGAUCGACGUGCGUCUUUCCUGGUUCUUCCGUCAUGCUAGAUCCUAUUUCGUCAGGGAGCUCGCCUACGAUUUAAGUCUAUCCAUGGACUUUUUCGAACGUUUUAAAGAUAGAUAUACGGUGAAAGAGACGAGAAGUGACGACUAUGUGAUCAGCGUCCUGGAGGUCAGAUCUGCGUUACCCGGGGACCGGGGCUGGUACAGCUGCGUAGAUUAUGACAAAAAACUCAACAGUACAACUUUUGUCGAGUUCGAGUACGAUACCUGUAGAGACAAGGGCGUUUAUUUAGAAGAGUUUGGUUGUAUUGAGUUUAUCAAUGAGGAUGAGUGUAUGGACAAAAACGGAUCUCUGGCUGUUAUCCACACAAGUCGUAAGGAUAAGUGGAUAUUUGAUUUAGCCUUUCACGUCGACAAAGCUAUGGUAGAUGAGGUGAAGCUCGGUUUGACUCUAUCUGCCAAUACUAUGUUAUGGAAAGACUUUACGUGGAGUGAUGGGAUUAUUAUCGUUCCCGGAAACACUACAUAUGAUGGAGACAAAGAGUUGUUCCGAUGUACGGAGUCCGGAGAGUACAUAUCUAGCGAGUUUGUGUGUGAUACGCUCCGCGAUUGUUGGGACCAGUCAGACGAAGAUAACUGUGGACCAGAGUGUUCCGGGACGAGUUUCCAGUGCAACUGUGGAGGCUGUGUAUCGGCUUCCAAUGUGUGUGACUUUUACAAAGACUGUGCUGAUGGGUCGGACGAGGACAACUGUAUCUACCCUCUGUGCGGUGCCGACCACUGGCAGUGCAAUAACAGGCAGUGCAUACCGCCGUAUGAUGUUUGUGACGGAGAAAUUGAAUGUGCUGAUGGCAGUGACGAGGCUGAUACUCUUUGUAAAGAAAAUAUCUACCUCCCGACAGCAUACAGCUACAAAUGCUCCAAUCCAAACGUGAUCUUUCCGUCCGCCAGACUCUGUGAUAUGACGAUGGAUUGUAAUAGUGAUAAAGAUGAAAGCACUCAGGAAACACAAUGCCUCCCUCGAGUUUACUCAUGUGGAAGUUUGAUAUAUGCAACAGAACAAAAUACAAGCAAUGUCGCCGUUAAUAUGGGACUUGUCCAGUACGGAGCAACGAAUGUGAAUUGUACUAUAAAGACUGACAGCGUGGAUACGACUUGGCCAUUCGAACAAGAACUAGCAACAAGGCCUUUGUCAACAUAUUCUGGCAGUCCUCUUAUCUCCGAUGCUGUAUGGAUAGAUGUACGUACAGAUACAAUGACUUCAAUAAAUUACAUCAAUUUGAAAAUACAACUUAUGUUGGUAUCCAAGGCAACUUCAUGUGUACAGUACAUUCGGACUUGUGGCAAUGUUAUGGGAAGAGCCAGGAAUGAAGUCUCGGUGGAGUGGACUUCCGGUUUGAGCAAAGAUCACAUACACUCUUUGAAUGCCUCUGUCCAAGGAUGUUCGGGUUAUUGCUCAUUAUCAGAGUGCAAGUUAAAUCCAUCCGUAAGGUACACACAGAUUCCAUCAUCUCCGGACUCAGCUGAAACAUACAACUGGGUAGCAAUUACAAACAAGGCUCAUCUUCCUGUAACCACGGUUAGAUCUAGUCACAUGAUCAUCAUCGGCAUAUCCCCGCUGAUAUGUACAGAAGAUGCAGUGGAUGUUGAUCCAAUGUACGCGACAAAGCCUGAAUUUUGCAAAAAUGGUAUGAUUUAUUAUCCACAAGAUAAAUGUUUGAUGGACUUUGACCCAACGGGGGAGCCGACAGCAUGUCGAGACCUGACUCAUCUUGAAAAUUGUGGAGAGUUCGAGUGCCCUGACAACUAUAUCAAGUGUCCUGGUUCAUUCUGUCUCCACCAGAGAUUCGUGUGUGAUGGUAGAAGUCACUGUCCAAAUCAGGAGGACGAGCUAGCGUGUGAUAGGAUAAUGUGCAAUGGACACUACAAAUGUCGUAUGACAUACCAGUGCAUCCCCUUCAGUCAACUCUGCGAUGGAGUUCGGCAGUGUCGUCGAGGUGACGAUGAACUUAAUUGCAGUCCCAAGUGUCCAGAAAACUGCGAGUGUCGCGGAAUGACCUUCAAAUGUGAAAGUCAUUCAGACAUCAUCCUUAUAAAUCAGAUCCAUUCUGACGCUCGAUGGAUUGAUCUGAAAACCAAUAUGUCUGCCUUGCGUCCACAUGUUCCGGUCAAACUCCAGCUUCUCACUACGCUCCUGUUGCGAGACUGUUCUAUCAAGGAUUUACUUGUGGACGGGCAGUCACUCUUCCAGAAUAUGCCUGCUCUUCGACACCUUGAUUUAUCAUCAAACAGGAUCGAGAAACUGUAUAGAGAAACAUUUCAGGAAACAAAACUUAAAACACUUAUUAUUAGCGAUAAUCCAUUGUCCAGCAUCGAGAGAGACUUUUUCCGCGGGUUUAUUUCCCUAUCUAACCUGCAAAUAACACAAACAUCACUCAGGCUCUUGCAAACUAGUGCACCGCAGCAGUCUGUGCUGAAACAUUUGACGGAUCUGAAAUAUUUGGAUCUUUCCUUUAAUUUGAUAGAGGAGAUACCGAGGAAAGCAUUUGAUGAUAUGCGCUCAUUGAAACAACUGAACCUCAGUCACAAUCCGGUAACGUCUGUCGAUAUUUCGGCGUUUCUUGGAAUGCAUUCCCUUCGCGAUUUAAGAUUAACAUACACAAAUCUAAAACAAAUCCGCCAGGGAACUUUUGAUGACUUCACUUCAUUGAAUUAUCUGAAUAUGAGUGUAGGUCAUAUCCAAGACAUUCAAAAUGGGGUAUUUGCCAAUCUUGGAAACUUACAAACUCUAGAUAUUCAUUACAAUCCACUUGAAAUACAUGAAUUCAUUUUCAAAGGUCUGGACAGUCUAGCAUAUUUAUACACAGACUCAUAUAAAAUGUGUUGUAUCCGGCCAGAAUCUGUGGCUAGUGGUAAUUGCUUCGCGCCAAAAGAGUCCAUUUCGUCGUGUUCUAACCUUGUAGGACUCGGUGUACUUAGGGUGUUUCUCUGGAUCAUUGGUAUCACAGCAGUGGUAGGAAACAUAUUUGUCAUUAUAUACCGUACAAUUAUUGAUAGAAAGCAUAUAAAGAAAAGCUAUUCUAUGUUUGUAAUCAACUUGAGCAUAUCCGACUUCCUGAUGGGGGUUUACAUGUUGAUCAUCGCAGCUGUUGACACUCACUAUAGCGGUAGGUAUGUUUCAUACGACAAAACGUGGAGAGAAAGCUUCCUUUGUGCUACAGCCGGAAUAAUAUCUAUGAUAUCCAGCGAGAUGUCCACUUUCAUCAUCCUCUUGAUAACUGUCGACAGGUUCAUCGCCAUUGUCUUCCCUCUAUCUAGGCGCAAGUUCACUUGGAGAGGUGCUAUGAUUAUGGUGAGCGUGUUUUGGCUUUUAACACUUGGAAUCGCUGUCACUCCUCAGGUAUUCUUUCAAACAUACUUUAAAGGAGAGUUCUAUUCGAGGUCAGGGGUUUGCCUGGCACUGCCCCUCACCGGAGAGAGUUCGCCAGGAGACGAAUAUGCUGUGGCCAUUUUCAUCGGAAUGAACAGUUUUGUUUUCUUUCUAAUUUUGAUGGCACAGGUAUGCAUCUAUAGAACUAUGAAAGGCAGUGGUAGCCUGGCAGCUACCCAGAACCGUAGGACGGAAAUCGAAGUCGCCAAAUCCUUGUUCCUGGUCGUGGCAACAGACUUUUGUUGCUGGUUUCCGAUUGGAGUAAUAGGGGUGUGGUCCCAGACGGGAGGGGCAGUGUCCCCAGAUGUGUACGCCUGGGUGAUGGUACUAGUCCUCCCCUUAAACUCUGCGAUCAAUCCUUUCCUGUACACAUAUACUUAUAUUAAGAGGAAGAAGACCACAUCUAGUACUAUGCACAGCUCUACGAGUUAUAUUACUGACCGUGGUAGUAUACUUGGAUCUACGAAGAGCAGUCAACGUAAAUUUUACGAUUCGCAGCAGACGAAUGCAAUAAAGGAAAUAUAUUUCAGUAAAUUAUUUGAAAGAAAUGGAUGUAUUUCCCUUGAAACGCACAUACGGGACCAACUACUGUCGCCUACAGAGGCCUUUCAGAUCGCACGAUAUGUCAUCAAAAGUCUCUCAUUCCUACACGAACGGGGCAUCAUUCACGGCAACGUAUGUAAGGAGUGUGUCUUCAUCAAAAUACCCGGACAGAUCGUGAGACGUGCUACACUUGUGAUGGACGCCAAGUUGAUAUCAACACAACACGAGGGACCUCAUGUAGACAUGCAGCAAUAUGGAAUGUUGAUAAAGACACUUCUACGGAAACUAAACAAACGUUAGGAUCGCGAAAUCUACGAGCACUUUCUAUGGAAACUGACCAAAUGUUAGGAUCGAGCAAAUUAAACUGUCCAUGGAAAGGAUCGCGAAUUUAAGCAACGAGCAUUUUCUAUGGAAACUGAAUAAACAUCGAGAUCACAAAAUCAGCGUGACGUCUUUUACAGAGAUUAAUCUUAAGGAUAGUGUAAUGCACUAAUACAUUUUAUGUAGACUUGACAAAAGUUGAAUGACGUAAUAUGUGAAAAACAUUUCUUUGUAGACUGGAGAGAAGUCAGAACGGCGUAAUUUGUGAGAACAUUUCUAUGGAGAG